AUGGCACCGAGACUUGCCUCCAGGUUCCGUGGAAUACGGAACAAGUGGGGUACGCUGUUGCAGGACACGGCGCCGGGCACGAAGAGGAUCCUUGGCGUGCUAUGUGGUCUGCUCCUGUUUGGGCUCUUGUUUCACUUGACCCUGUCUCGGUCGCAGCAGCGUUUCAAAAGCUACGCGAAUUCGCCGGAGCAUCCCACGGGAGUCGGCUCGGCGCCACUGGAACCGCACGGUGCCCAGCCCGAGGGCGACUCGGAGGAUGCGUCGAAAGUUGUGCCCAGCGGCCUGUCGGGCUGGGAGCUUGCGCCCGAGCCCUGGACGACUGAGGAGUUGACAGAGCUCGCCAAGGUUUGGAUCGGUAUUGAAAAUGCGCUCUGUUCCGCGCACGAGGUUUACGUGAAACACGCAGAAGGCCAGGGCGACGACGAUGAGCAACGCAUACGGGGGCAUGCACAUGCCUGGAGGGCAUUCAUGGCCGCCAUACCGUCACCGCCGCCUCAGCCAGCACGAGCACAGCGCCGCGGACUCGGCAAGGAUACUGCUACAAGGGCCGUGGUGAUACCAGCUGGAGGGCCCGGACUCAUGCAACUAGGACUCGUGGCUUUGCAGGCCCUGCGAGAUCGUGCUGGAUGCCGGCUGCCGGUUGAGAUCUUCUACCAGGAUGCCGGCGAAGCGCCUACACCUGGUCUGGAAGCAUGGGUCCGAAAGACGUUCGCGCCCGUUGUCUUCCGAAAUAUUCAGCAGGUUGCCCAACGGGCUUAUGAGCUGCGCGCGAACGGCUCCGCUACGACCCGAAACUGGUAUGCGUCAUGUCCGCAACAGCUGCACAUUGAGGGAUACGGACUCAAGGUAUUUGCGAUGGUGCUGAGCAUGUACGAUGAAAUCCUUGUUCUCGACAGUGACAAUAUCCCAUUGCUGGACCCGACCGGUCUGUUUGGCGUUGGAAAAUUUGGACUUGGCGAUAUCGGUGGAUUUUUCUGGACCGAUUAUUUUGGCCUCUUUGAACCGUCAGAUUAUCGCCGUCUGGUUCCGUACCGAACGAUGCUGAAAGCCCUGGGGCCGCCACCAUGCUCCCAGUACGAAGGCACCGUAGAGUACACGGAGCCUGGAAGCGAGCAGCAGGCCUGUGGCAUCCGUAUAGAGGACAGGCGCGGUUCCGAAUCGGGUCAGAUUCUGCUCCGUCGGCGUGAUAUCGACCGCAAACGAAGCUUUUGGCGCCCUUUGAUGCUUGCCGUGUACAUGUACCACCAUCGAGACUUUUUCUAUCGGCACUUGUACGGCGACAAGGACUCGUACCGUCUAGCUGCGCUCGCGCUGCAUGAGCCAUCCGAAAUUACACCGAUAGCUCUGGGAUCAGUGGGCUUCUACGACGAUCACGGAUUGUUUCAGGGUCAUGGCAUGUUGCAAUUCUGGCCGUUUCCGGAGGAACUGGUCAGGACACCCGCGCUCGCCACGAAUGGAUCGGCACGGAAACAUGUCCUUGCACGGCUCGAGAAAAUGGGACGUUCUGUCAUGUUCUUGCACCGCAAUCAGCGGAAGAUCCCGCAGGAAGGAACUCGACUUCUUAUGAAGCAGCACUUCAACUUGAAGGUGUCAUGCUGGAGUAACACCACAGGGGAAGAGGCUAAAACGCCGCCCCGCUACAUCAUGACACCGGAGGAGGGCCUCACCCGUCUCACAGAGCCGAAGAUCGUGUGUGUGAACACCACGGAUCUCGUCGGGUUCGAUGUGGACGCAGCGAUCCUUAAUUACAUCGAAAACCUGUGGGAUCGUCGCGAGUGGCGUCAUUACCUCUACAGUCGAAAUAUUUAUUGA